AAUAGCACAAUUGAGAGUACAGUCAUCAGAGUCACAAUUAAAAGAGCUAUGAACAACAUUUGGAGUUGAUUUACUCGAUAAUUCUCAAACGCGCAAGGCAUUUUCUUUUUUCUAGCAACCAUCCCAGGUUAGCUAAGGUACACGAAGAGGAUCCCUGACUGGACGUUGAUGACGCGCAAAGCACUUUGGCGCGGAACUUUGUUUUGUAACUUGUGUCUGUGGACGAAAUAUCGUCGCCUGUCUUUGAACAGUAUGUGUCACUUUCAUCAUUCUGCAGGAUUUUGACAGCCAGCAACAUAACAUCGAUUUAACGUUAUAUAAGUGAAAUGAUGCGCAGAAAGCGACGCUCAUCUGUGGAUAAAGGAGAGGGAGCCCCUACAACCACUAAGGCAAAGAAGAGUCGCAGCACUGCCCGCCAACCAAAGCAAGCUGUUUCAGAAGAGACACAUGAAAGUGUAUUCUGCAUAUUUCUGAGAGAGGCAGGUGUCACCUUGAAAAAAGGCGGCACAUCCAACGAGAUUGCUGUCGACCAAGUAGUUUUUCAAAAAAGGGUUCAGCAACAACUACGGAAGAGUCCCAGGUACCCUGGAAUUGUACAGGAAUUCAUCACUGGAUUAGAGUCUCACAUUGAGGACCCUGAGAGGUUUAGGAAUUGCCUCCUUCCAUGUGUUCCACAAUUGUCUGAUGGAGAUGCCAGUUCUGUCAGCUCGUUCCAGGAAAGUCUGCUACGCAUGCUGUUGGGGAUUGAAAUGCUGCAGACUUCCAUCAUUAACACCUUGCUUGAGAAACUCCCUGAAUUUAUGUUAGAUGGUGCUGGAGAUGGAGGACUCAGUAUUCCACGUAUAAUUAUUAACCAGCUCAAAUGGCUAGACAGAGUUGUGGACAGCAAGGAGUUGGCAGCUAAGCUCAUGGAGCUGGUGUCAGUAGCACCUGUGGAUGUUCAGCGUGACAUCAUCACCAGUCUGCCAGAGAUACUGGAAGACUCCCAGCACAAUGACGUAGCCAGGGAGCUCAACUCUUUACUCCAGACGAACACUCAGUUGACUGUCCCCAUCCUGGAUGCCCUUUCUAGCCUGAACCUCAGUUCCUCAUUACUGACUGAGGUUCGUGGAGCAGUUAUGGCCACGUUGGCUGCUGUGCAACUGGAAGACCUACCUGUGGUUGUCAAGUUCAUCCUGCACUCUGUCUCAUCCUCGGAUGCAUAUGAGGUGGUGAGUAAUCUUCAUAAGAAGCUGGAGCUGGAGCAGUGUGUUCUUCCUCCAGUGCUGCAGGCCUCGCAGAGCCGCACGAUAAGCAGAGGAGCAGCAGUGUCAGCUUCCACACCAGCAGCUGGCAGCAGCAUUACAUUGAUACUGGACGGCAUCAAGUCAGCAGUGAGAUUCCAGAAAACUAUUUCUGAGGCUUGGCUCAAGGCAAUAGAAUCUGUGAAUGAAGCAGAGGACCAUAAGGUAAUAGAUCUGCUGGUGCUGUUCAUCCUCCAUUCCACCAAUGCCAACCAGAGCCGACGGGGUGCAGAGAGGGUGCUGAAGGUCAAAGUAAGGACUGGACGAAUCCAGGAGGCUCUGCUACAGAAGACCUUCAGGGACUAUUCUCAGGUCAUGCGAGGGUAUUUCCCCUCCAUCCUGUCUGUGGCUCAGAGUCUGCUACGCUCCCCUGACCCCUGUGUGGUGCCUUUUGGUGGACACAUGUACCGACUCUCAUUCACUGUGUUUGACUCUUACUGCCAACAGGAGGUGGUGGGCUCUUUAGUAACCCAUGUCUGCAGUGGUGUGGGUGGGGAGGUGGACACGGCUCUGGAGCUACUCUGUGGUCUGGUUAAAGAAAAGCCCUCAGAAAUGGCUCUCUAUGCUGUGUUUGUGAAGGGAAUUUUGGACUAUAUGGACAACCUCACGCCACAGCAAAUCCGCAGACUCUUCCACCUCCUGAGCAGACUGGCCUUUGGGCAACAGCAGCAAGGAUCUCACAUCCAGGAUGACAUGCACAUCGUGAUCCGCAAACAGCUCUCCAGCACUGUGCCCAAAUACAAGCGUAUUGGCAUCAUUGGUGCUGUCAUGAUUGUAGGCAGCAUGGGGGCCUUCAGGCCUAAAAUGAAGGAGCCACAGAAUGGGUCUUUACCCCAGGAGACGUUCAGACAGCUGACAGCCCUGUUGGAGCUUGUGAGGUCGAGCAGUGAAAGCUCACCUGAGGCUGCAGCGCUGUACUAUGAUGAACUGGCCAAUCUGAUCCUGAGCUCUACCCUGGACCCACAGGUGCAGGAAAACAUUGCAAAGAGUGUCCUAGAUGACUUUCAGGAUGACUUUGUCGUGGAUCUAGGCCCGGACAUAACAGGUUCCUUCCCUUUCCCGGCCCGUGUUAUGUACAACUUGGAUGAGGAGGAGAGUCAGGGAGGCAUCGCCAUCAACCUGCUGCCUCUGCUGGCCAAAGACCUCAAGAACAAAGGGGAGCAGCAGAGUCAAACCAAGAAGGCACACAAGCGAGUGUCUCCUCUCUGUCUGUCUCCGUUUUUUCGCCUCCUGAGGUUGUGUGAGGAGAAGCAGCAUCAGGGAGACCUAGAGGAAAUUGAUGCUCUGCUGGGCUGCCCUCUGAUCCUAACAGACAUGGAUGUAGUAGAGAAAAUAGAGAGUCUGUCAAAAGCUGAGAGAGAGUUCCUCUGUACUUUGCUCUUUCACACCAUCAACUGGUUCAGAGAGGUCAUAAAUGCAUUUUGCACUCAAAAAGAAACUGAGAUGAAGAUGAAAGUGAUGACUCGUCUGCAGAACAUCACCUACCUUCAGACACUGUUGGAGAGGGCUUUGGCUGGAACACCUGGCUACGUUCCACCUGUUGCUAACUUUGAUGGAGAAAGCACAGACGGAGUAAUACUUAGUUCUGCUGCUUCUGUGAAUAAGGCAAAGAAAGAUGGCAUAGGAAAGAAGAGGAAGGCCCCUGUUAAGAGUUCCUCAGAAAGCAGCUGUCAGCUUGAGGACACGACUGAAGUGAAUGAAACUCAGCAGGAGCAGCCAGAGAAAGAGAAAGAAAAGGAGAUCCGGCAAGGAGUCAGCCUGUUGUCCUACAGACAGUUUUUCAGGGAGCUGGACAUGGAGGUGCUUAGUGUGCUGCAGUGUGGCCUGCUGUCUCGCUCACUGUUGGACUCUGAGCUCAACACCAAGGUGCGGGAGGAGGUCCUGCUGGGUCCUGCUGAGCUGGUCCUCCUGCUGGAGGAUAUGCUUCGAAAACUGGAGUUCAGUCUUACAGCUGCCCCUGCCAAGAGAGCCCCUUUCCUCAAGGGAAGGGCCGAUAAAAGUGUGGGCUUCUCCCAUCUACAACAGAGGAGCUCCAAGGAUUUUGCUUCCUACUGUGUCCAGCUGCUGCCUGCCCUCUGCUCACACCUAGAGGACUGUCACAACCAUUUUCAGACACUGCUGUCUGAGAACAACGGUGUUGUGGAUGGACCUGCCACAGAUGUACAGGAGCACCAGUUAAUGUCAUCUAGCUACCAGCUGCUCCUGCAGGUCCUGAACACCACCUUCAGCUGGUCCGGAUUCAGUCUGCCAGGUCAGAGAUGCUUACUGAAGAAAGCCCUUGGAGUAUUGGCUGAACGACUCAAAGAAGGACAUUCUGAGUUGACCCUGGAACAGCUUGUAAAACAAAGCUUUGAGUACCUGCUGAACUUCCGCAGCACGGUGCCAAGUCUCAGUACUGCACUGUGUCUCUCCCAGCUUCUGUCCACUGUGUCGGAGAAAGGAGGGAACCCCGCGACCUACAGCGAGCAGAUCGCUUCCCUAGCAAAACGUUUCCUGAGCCAAGACUGGGUGACAGCCAGGGGAGAAAAAGAGCGAGGGAACAAAUUCAAUGAAGUACUUCACACUCUCCUAAGCAUCUACCUGGAACACGUUGAUGAUGUUCUUAAGGCAGUGGAGGAAAUAGCAGGAGAAGGAAUCCCUGAGCUCCUCAAUGCGUCGAAAGAUGAGAGCUCUGCGUCAUGGCCUACUCUCAGCAGGCAAACAUUCCUGGUGUUCUAUAAAGUGAUGAUGGCAGAGCUGGAUAAAGCUGUCAGGAGGAUUCCUGCUGGCAAAAUCAGUGACAACACUGAGGCUCAGAGUGAGAAGCUGCUGACAUGGAACCUGGCUGUCAGAGACUUUCACAUCCUGGUCAACCUAGUUAAGGUGUUUGAUUCUAGGCCAGUGCUCAAUGUGUGCCUAAAGUAUGGCCGACUUUUCUUGGAAACCUUCCUGAAGUUGGGGAUGCCGCUACUGGACUACAGUUUCAAAAGGCACAAGGAGGAUGUCCAGAGCCUACUGAAGACCUUCCAGCUCAGCACCAGGCAGCUCCAUCACAUGUGUGGACAUUCUAAGACUCACCAGGAUACAAGCUUGACCAGCCACGUGCCAGCCUUGAAGAAGAGCCUCGAGCUGUUUGUGUACAGAGUGAAGGCGACUCUGACACUUAAUAACUGUCAGGAGGCAUUUUGGAUGGGCAACCUGAAGAACCGCAACCUGAAGGGUGAAGAGAUUCUUUCUCAGAGGUCACAAGGAAGUGACGAUGAGGAGGAGGAGGAGGAGGAGGAGGAGGAGGCGCAACGUUCACUGCUGCCUCAGGAACAGUCAGAGGAUGAGGCCCAGGAGAGCAACUCUGAGGAAAGUAAGAAGAUUAACAGAGACGAAGAUGUGGAGCAAGAUAUUACAGAUAACUCUGAGUAA